AUAAUCAAAUUUUCAUCUAUUUUCUCAACAAUAAUCAUUAAAAAAUGGCUCUGGACAGAUUUAUCCAUUUGAUAUGAAAUCAUAAUGUUACAUAAAAUGUCAUCAUCAUCAUCAAUGAAAUAUCGACAAAAUUAUAUUGUUUUUUGACAACAACAACAACAAAAUAUCAUCAUCAUCAUUUUAUAUAUGCAACAACAGGUGAACAGACAUAUAUAAUAAUGCUAUAUAUUAAUUGAUGAUCAACUUUUGCAUAAUAACCGUAAAAAAAGUGCCAUUUCCAUCUUUAUUUCCAUUUUCAAUGUCCGAUUUUAUAAAUCGGUACAUUUUCGUCUGUGUGUGUGUGUGUGAGUGUUAUGUGCCAGAAUUUUUUUAUUAUUAUAAAAUGUCGCCAUACAAUCCAUCAAUCAAUUGAUCUAAAUUAAUAUGUUGAUUUAGAGAUAAACAAAACGUUACCCAUUAUCAAUCAUAAUCAUCAUCAUUGUCAUCAUUAUCGUUUUUAUAAGGAAAAAAAAUUUGUCUGAUUUGUCUUGCGAAAAAAACUUGCACGUGCAUUGCACGUUAACUUUUUUGUUAAAUUAAUUAAUUGUUUUAUUACGAAUACAAAUUCGUUUUUCAUACGAAAGAUAAAAAAAACAGAACAAAAUAAAAAAAUCAACAAAACACGUGUUCGCCAGUGUGUGUGUGUGUCUGUUUGCAUAUGGUUGCAAGAGUGCGCCAUCUAUCGUUUUUUUACCAAUAUCCUUAUCAAUCGUUCAUCCAAUUUAAUCCAAUAAUAAAAACGAUAGCCAAAAAUGCAACAACAAAUGCGUUAUGAGGCCGAAUAUUUUGACGAUAAAAAACGUCUAUUACGGGCCAUUUUUAAUGAAACAUUGGCCCAAUGUAAUGAUGCAUUACAUAAACGUAACAUCAGUAAAGAUAAAUUCCAGGAAAUGUCAUUAAAAUUUGAUGAUGAACGUUAUAUACGUAAUAUGUUGGACAAUCCAAUAUCAAUCGUAUUGAUGGGUAGCCGGCCAUGUGUUAAAGCUCGUAUAGUUAAUUAUAUGCUUGGUUAUGAGCUUUUACCUGUAUUCGAUGUAUAUGAUCCUGAUUAUAAACAACCAAGACGUUCUGUACGAAUUCAAUAUGGUACACAAAGACGUUUAGCAUUCUGUAUAAGACAUUUUGAAUUAUUAGAAUGUUCACCAUUACAUACUGAACGUGUUGUUUCAUUUGAAGAUCUUCGUUUAGAUUUUCUACAAGAUGAUCCAACAUUAUUAGCAUCAGCUAAUGGUACACAUGAUGAUCUUUUAUCAUCGAAUCCAGAAUUAUCUGAUGGUUAUUCAGAUGGUUUACAAACAUCAUUAGUGAAUGGUAUGACCAAUGGUGAUCGUGGCGGUAUCAAUGGUGGUAGUGGUGGUAGUAAUGCUUCCAGUGGUCUUGAUUCAGCUGGAAAUGAUCAAUCAUCUAAUACACCGACAACAUUAUCAUUUAAUUCAUCAUGUUCAUUGAUAAAAUCGGCACCAACCACUACAUCGAAUCAUGUUAAUCGUCAUAAUAAUCAAGUAAGAAUGGCCGGUCAAUCACGGCCCCAAUCAGAAAAAUUAAACCAGACGAAUACAGCAAAUACAGGUGCUGCAGCAGUAGCUGCUGCUGUUAAUCAUGUGAUACAAAAUGCAGGUGGUGGCGGUGUCAAUGGUGUUGGUGUUGGUGUUGGUCAUCGCCAUGGACAUUCAUCAGGUUAUUCUAGUCAACAAAAUGUCAAUCUUUUAUUACAACAACGUGGACAAUCAGGUGGACCUGUUGGUGAUAAUGGAAAUGUUGUUGGCGAUGGUAAUGGAAUGGCAACUAUUAAACAAACGACGAUGAAUCUGAAAUCUAGUUUCGUACCAUAUGAUGAUCUAGAAGAUGAUGACGAUGACGAUGAUGAUGAUGAAGAUGUUGAAUUUGGUGAAGAUGAAAUGCUUAGUCAAACAGAUUUUGUUAACGAAAUGACCACAAUGGAAAUUGUAUUGCCACAUGAAUUAUUGGAGAAAAAUCUACAGAUACGUGUCGCACCGGAUGUUGAAUCAUUUGAUUUGAUAUAUCGUACCACAUUUAGCCGUACGAAUCCAAUAAUAAUAUAUUGUUUUGAAAGAUCGGAUGAAAUGCUUACCGAAACCGAUCGUCGUCAUUUACAACAAUUACGACAACGAAUGCCAUCGACGCCGAUAUUUUUUGCCCAUAUUAUGGAUUUUAAUUCUGUUUAUCAUCAUCAUCCUGCUGGUGCAUAUCCAUAUCAUGCACAUCCAUCAUAUCCAUUGACGAAUCCUAAUGGAUCACAAACUCAUUAUCCAUCAUCGAAUAUGUAUCGUUUUACCAUGGAUCCACCAGUAGCACCAAGUCGUAUAUCGGCAAAAAUUUCCAAUGUAAAACAGCAACAACAACAACAACAACAACCACAACCACAAAUAAUCGUUGAUCAUAUGAACGAUGAAGUCAAAUCCAACUUGAAUCAAACUAAGUCAAAUGGUAAUUCAUGUUCAGCUGAAUUUAUUCCAAAUAUUACGAAUCCAACAACAAAGACGACUACGACGACGAUGAAUAUGACAAAAACAACAACGGCGAAAAAAUUGCCUGCACGUCGUAAUACACAUUGUUUGGGUGAACAACCAAUUGGUUUGGUUUCAUUGAAACGUUCUGAAUCCACAUCAUCGACACAUUCAUCACCAUGUACAUUACCAUCACAGACAACAUCAUCAUCAUCAUCAUCAUUAUCAUGUAGUAAUAAUACAACACAAAGCAAAAGUAUGCAAAGCAUUAAUAAAUCACAAUCAUAUCUACAAGGUUCAGAAUUCAUAUGGAAACAAUUAAGAGAGAUGGGUUUCUUCCAGGAAAUGCCUUCAACAGUUGCAUUACAAGCGCCAAUGGAUAGGCGGCAAAAACAUCAAUCAAACGGUUAUUAUAUAAUCAAUGAUAGACCAUUUAAAUGCUCCAAACAGAAUGCCGACAAUGGAAUGGAUGUAUCGUCACGUUUUAUUUGUCAUUCAUAUGAAUUUUGUUAUUUUGUUGAUUUUUUUCGUUCAAUAUUGAAAUCAAAUCUUGUGGUGGCGGCAACAUUGUUGAAUGAAAUCCAUAAUCAAUUCAUACAGUACUAUAUAUUCACUGCAUUCGAUAUGACAUGGAAUCUGAAUUAUUGUAUACCAAAACGUUUGGAAUAUGCACGUAAAAAAGAGGCUGAACUAUAUAUGUCAUUAAUGGGUAUUGCUAAUCGUAAACAGGAAGAAAUUCGUCAAUUGAUUGGUGAAACAUUACAAUUUAUGCGUGAUGAUAUUCUUACACAGGCUUCAUCAUAUCGAUUUGGUAAUCCAGUUUUCAACACAAAUCCAAUGGUAUCGGCUGCCGAAGUGAAACAUUGUGCCGAAGAAAUACAGGAUUUUGUAUUCAUGACACUUAAUCGUGCUAUCGCUGUUAAAUUAAUUGGUUCCGUUGAUAUAAUGCGUGAAAGUUUUAUUGGAACCUUACAACGUUGUCUAAAACAAUUGGAAGAAUAUCGACAACGUCGUGAUACAUUUGGUUUUGGUGGUGGCAAUGGUGGUGGUGGUGGUGGUGGCGGUGGCCAUUUAAUAAAUAAUGGUCAUAAUAAUAAACAUUUGAUUGCUGAUAAUAUGAAAAUGGUUCCUGUAAAUCCAAAAUUAAUAAAUGGUCAUUAUAAUCAUCAUCAUCAACGUGUGCAAGAAGAAAAAAUUGAUUUAGCAUUAUCACGUUUGUUGAAUUUAGCAUAUUCAAUCGAGAUUAAUGCCAAUAGCUGUUCAUCAAUGUUGAGGAUAUUUUGGGAAAAAAUGAAAAAUUUUUUCCUCAUGCUUAGCAUCGCAUGGAAACCAACCUGUCGUAUUGAUGCUGAAUGGAAACGUAAAGUGUCAGCUGAUUUGUUGGAUAAUUUAUCUGAAGCUAAACUGGCUAAAUGUAUUUGUACACAAUUUCGGGAAAAAUUAAAAUUAGCACAUGAAACUUUUCUGAAUUCAUUAGCUAAUCUAGAAACAACAUUGGUCACACGAUUGAAAGAAAUUGAUCAUCGUCGUCAACAGGUACGAAAAAAUGAUGCACCAUUAUUUGCAAGGCUAGCAUUGGAAUCUACAUCGUUUAUUGAUGCCAUUCUUUAUGGUUCACCGGAAUUGGGUAAAGAAAUCGGACGUGGUCAAUAUGGUGUUGUGUUUUCAACGAAAAAAAGUUGGGGCAAUUAUUCUCGGAUUGCCGUCAAAUCAAUAAUGAUCUGUGAUGAUAAACAUUGGAAUGAUUUAGCCAUGGAAUUCUAUUAUACACGUUCAUUACCUGAAACUGAUCGUAUUGUACAGAUUCGUGGUUCAAUUAUUGAACAUAAUUAUAAUGGUGCAUCAUCAUAUGUUUAUCUUAUUAUGGAUCGUAUGGUUCGUGAUUUAUAUGUUGGUCUUAAAUCCGGUUUAGAAUGGUUACAACGUUUGCAGAUUGCAUUCGAUGUUGUACAUGGAUUACGUUUCCUACAUAAUCAUGGCCUUAUACAUCGUGAUAUUAAACUCAAAAAUGUACUAUUAGAUAAAUAUAAUCGUGCAAAAAUUACCGAUCUUGGAUUCUGUAAAUCUGAAGUUAUGAUUUCUGGUAGUAUUGUUGGUACGCCCAUUCAUAUGGCACCAGAAGUUUUUACUGGAAAAUAUGAUUCAAUGGUCGAUGUUUAUGCAUUUGGUAUACUAUUCUGGUAUAUUUGUGCAGGAUCCGUUGAAUUGCCACAGAUUUUUGAACAAUGUCAUAAUAAAGAUCAUUUAUGGAUUGCCGUUAAAAAAGGUCUUCGACCAGAAAAACUUGCCAUAUUUGAUGAUGAAUGUUUCAAUCUAAUGGAACGUUGUUGGGCUGGUGAUCCAUUGAAACGUCCAUUAUUAGGUGAAGUUGAAGAAGUUUUAUUGGAUAUUAAAAUGCGUCAUGAACGUGAAUAUUAUACUAAUAAUCCGAUUCAAAUCACCAACAAUGGUAAUAAUGUUGAUGUAAUUCGUCAAGAAUAUUUAAAUGGAAGAAAAACAUUACCAAAAGGAUUUUCACCACGAACCAAACGAUUAUCGAUACAAGAACAGCAACAGCAACAAUUUAUUCGUCAAAUGAAUGCUGUAGCAGCUACAACGGCUGCAACGACAGCAACAACGGCAAUGGCUAUACCAAAUCCUAAUCCAACAAUGGGUGGAUCAUUAUCACCGACAAAAAACAUUACAAAAAUACCAUUACCACUUCCAUCAUCAACGUCAUCGUCACCACAACAACAACUACCACCAUCGUCAUCUUCAACAUCAUCAUCAUCAAAUGUCACUGAUACAACUGUGAAAACCGUAACCACGACAACAACGAAUAAUGAAUUAGCAACAAUUGUCAAUAAACCGAUUUAUGAAAAUGAAAAAUUGAUAAAAAAUCCAAUUACAAUUAUAAAUGAUAAUAAUAAUCAUCAUCACGAUGAUCCAGAUGAUGAAGAUCGAAUGAAAAUGAAAACCGAAAUGAAGAUAAUAAAUUCAUCGCCACCAUUGUCAACAUUUUCAGAUACCGAUAUAACAACAAAGAUUGCAACGGCAAUUGUUUAAUUUGUUUUUUUUCUUUUCACUUCAUCCAUUCUAUCUAUCUAUCAAACACACCCAAUCAAUCAAUCAAUCAAUCAAUCAAAGCACAUCACACACUGGACAAACACUCAUAUCCACUUUUUUGCUAUUUACAUUAUCGUUAUUUAUUCUGUUUUUUUUCCAAUUUUCUCCAUUAUUAUUUCGGCCAAAGAUUAUUGUUUUAUUUUUUUUUUCGAUAAAUUAUCAUAUUCUCUUCACUCACAA